AUGGCACCAGACCUCAAUGGCAUCGCUGCGGGACAUAGAUUUGACUACUCGCAGCCUGGUUCAUCAGGCUACUCCAUCAACCAGAACAUAACCUACAAUGAUCCGAAGAACCGAAAGUUGCGUGUUCUUACCAUAGGAGGAGGAGUUACUGGUAUUUUGCUGGCAUACCGUCUCCAAAAAGAUGCCUCCAACGUGGAGCAUGUCAUCUACGAGAAGAAUGAAGACAUCGGUGGCACCUGGCUAGAGAAUAGGUAUCCCGGCUGCGCGUGUGAUAUUCCAUCUCACGCGUAUACCUAUCAAUUUGCGUUGAACCCGGACUGGCCUCGAUUCUUUGCCCACUCGCCAGAUAUCUGGAAAUACCUGGACAAAGUCUGUAACACCUUUGAUCUUCGGAAGUACAUGGUCUUCAAUACAGAAGUCAUUGGAGCUUACUGGAACGAUGACAAUGGCGAGUGGACUGUGAAGCUGCGACAGACUGCACCAGGUCAGGAACCCAGAGAGUUUGAGGAUACGUGCCAUCUCCUUCUGCAUGGAACUGGCAUCCUGAACAAUUUCAAGUGGCCGGACAUUCCGGGAUUGAUGGACAAGUUCAAAGGCAAGGUCGUGCACACUGCAAGAUGGCCAAAAGAGUACCAGAAGGAAGAAUGGGCAAACGAUAGAGUAGCGGUCAUUGGUUCCGGAGCCAGUUCAGUUCAGACUGUUCCGACGAUGCAACCUCAUACUAAACAUCUCGACAUCUUCGUGAGAACCGGUGUAUGGUUCGUGGAACUCGUCAAGGACCUGGGCCAUGCCAAGGAGUACGACCAGAAAGAGCGCGAUGAGUACCGGCGCAAUCCAAAAGCCUUGGUCGCUCACGCCAAAUCCCUCGAAGACCAGGUAAAUGGCAUGUGGGGAGUUUUUUAUGCCGGCACAAAAGAACAAAUGGAUGGACAGGAGAUGAAUCGAGCACGCAUGGCGGAGUUCAUCAAGGACAAGAGAUUACUGGAGGGCUUCACUCCCAAAUUUGGCAUUGGCUGCCGACGAAUCACACCUGGAGAUCCAUACAUGAUGGCCAUUCAGGAGCCUAAUGUUGAUGUUCACUUCACCGGCGUGGCUAGCUGUACCGAAGAUGGCGUCGUGGGAUUUGAUGGGGUGGAGAGGAAGGUAGACACAAUCAUUUGUGCCACAGGCUUCGAUGUGUCAUACCGACCACGGUUUCCUAUUGUGGGCAAGGGCGGUAUCGAUCUCAAGGACAAGUGGAAGAUAUGCCCCGAGUCAUAUCUCGGCUUAGCCGUUCCCGACUUUCCCAACUUCAUGACCUUCAUUGGACCUACUUGGCCCAUUGAAAACGGCUCUGUGAUGGGACCUCUCCAUACCGUUUCAGACUACGCCAUCGACAUAAUCAAGAAGAUGCAAAAUGAGAACAUUAGCUCCUGGACACCUCGGCAAGACAUCACGGAUAGCUUCAACGAGCAUGUACAAGAGUGGAUCAAGCACACCGUCUGGAAAGAAGAUUGCAGAUCUUGGUACAAGGACAACGAGACGGGGAGGGUCAACGCGAUUUGGCCGGGGAGUUCGCUGCAUUAUCAUCAAGUGAUUGGGCGGCCGCGGUACGAGGAUUUUGAAAUCAAGUAUCGCGAUUCGAACCCUUGGGCACAUCUGGGAAUGGGCUGGACCAUGCAGGAUCGUUCUGGGCCGGGAGAGAUGGAUAAAAGUCCUUAUUUGAGUAUUAACCAUAUUGAUCCGAAAUGGUAUGAGGCGGUUGGUGGGAAUGUGGAUGUUCUAGUGAAACAGAUGAAUGAGCACAAUGCGAAGGAUUAGCUGUGAGGAUGAUGUAUAUCUACUAGACUCAACUCUCAGACUCAUAUCCAUA